UGCCAGACAGCAGCGCUGGUGACAGACUACAUUUCCCAGGAGGCUGUUGUAGAAGACUCUCCUGUGUCACUGCACCAGGACCCUGCAGCUCUGCAGGAGGCACUUGUGCUGCUGCAGUUCUUGCUGCUGGCGCUGGAGGACCAUGACCGUCGAUAAUUAGUCAGGUAAACGACCCAGAACAGAGCUGGGCUAGGGUCUGCUUUUGCUGCAGACCCUAGCAGGGCGGCUGGUUCGCCCUGUUUCAUGCUGGACGCUAGAUGUCACCUGCAGAAGAAGAGAAGAGCUUACCUCUUCCAGAGAGAUGGCCCCGAGCCAGCAAAUUCGCUCUGUCAGCCUGUGCAGCCGCUGUGGCAGAACUAGUGACAUUUCCCCUUGACCUGACAAAAACUCGACUGCAGGUCCACGGUGAAGCUGCUGUUCGUGGCAGUGGAGCUGGUACUGGGCAGGCGGUCCCUUACCGCGGCAUGCUGCACACUGCAGCUGGCAUCGUCAAGCUCUGGCAAGGAGCCACGCCAGCCGUCUACUGACACAUAGUGUACUCUGGUGUUCGGAUGGUUGCAUACGAGCAUCUCCAUGACUCUGUGCUUGGCAGGGCUGAAGAUGGGAGCUUUCCCUUCUGGAAAGCUGUAGUUGGAGGCAUGUGUGCGGGUGCCAUCGGACAGCUUUUUGCCAGUCCAACUGAUCUGGUGAAGGUGCAGAUGCAGAUGGAGGGAAGAAGGAAGUUGGAAGAAAAGCCGUUACGGUUUCAAGGAGUGCACCAUGCGUUUAUGAAGAUCCUGUCUGAAGGAGGAGUACGGGGGCUUUGGGCUGGAUGGGUGCCAAAUGUCCAGAGAGCUGCUCUGGUGAACAUGGGAGAUUUGACCACUUAUGACUCAGUGAAACACUUCUUGCUUCUGAAUACGCCACUUGUGGACAAUGGUGUGACUCACAGUGUUGCCAGCUGCUGUUCUGGCCUGGUAGCUGCUGUCCUGGGAACUCCUGCUGAUGUGGUGAAAACCCAGGUAAUGAACCAGCCAAGAGACAAGCAGGGAAGAGGUCUUCUGUGUAAGUCUUCCAUGGACUGCUUAAUUCAAACUGUACAGGGUGAAGGGUUUAUGUCUCUAUACAAAGGCUUUAUACCAACCUGGAUGCGAAUGUUGAGGAGGAAAGUGACGGAGUGGCUUCGGUGCGCACCUGGCCUCCAGCCAGGGUCAAUGCACCAGUUCUAGAUAACUCUUUGCAACUAGUACCUUCAAUGCGACAAUAUCCGAUUAAAUGCAGUUUAGACGUC